AUGCCAUCACCCACCGUCUACCUCAUCACUGGCGCCAACAGAGGCGACCAGCUACUUCAACCUUCACGUAUCGGGCAAGGCCUUUUAGCAACCUACCUCGCCCGCUCUAACACAACCGUCAUCGCCGGCGUCCGCGACCCUACCCACCCCACCGUCAAAACACUCACCACCCUCCCCAAAGGCUCCUCCAGCACCCUCAUCAUCGUAAAAAUCGACAGCGCCUCUGAAACCGACGCCGCUGCCGCCAUCAAGACCCUGGAAUCCGAGCACCAUAUUACCUCCUUUGACACCGUCAUCGCCAACGCCGGUAUCUGCAAGCCCCAAGGCUUCGGUCCUGUCGCUGGACUCAAGAUCGACGACGUGAAAGAGCACGUGGACGUCAAUGCCAUCGGGCCUCUGGUGCUCUUCCAGGCGACUCUGCCUUUGCUUCAAAAGGCCGCCCACGGGCCUGGCAAAUUCAUCACCGUCAGCUCGCCCAUCGGCAGUAUUGGCGGCAUGGAGCAGCGUCCCUUCCCCAUGGCGGCGUACGGUGCUAGCAAAGCUAUGGUCAACUACCUCACGCGCAAGAUCCACUUCGAGCACGAGGACUUGAUUGCCUUUGCUGUUGAUCCCGGCUUCGUGCAAACCGACCUUGGCAACAAAGGUGCCGCUUUUUUCGGCAUGAAAGAAGCCACUACGCCCACCAAGGACAGCGUCGAGGGUCUGGUCAAGGCGAUCGAUGGUGCUACGCGCGAGAAGACGUCUGGCCACUUCCCGGACUUCGAGGGCGGCGAGUUUGCUUGGUAG